CUCUGGGCCGGGGACUUCAUUUCUGCCCUUUGGCAUUGGCUUAGAGACAGGGCCAGAGGUCUUCCAUCCCAGGCUAACCCCAUGUGCUUGGACCAGGCUGAAGCUAGGAGCCUGCAACUUGGGGUCUCCUACAGGGUGCAGGGCCAGGCUCCUGAACACCGGGAAGGAAUGGAGCCACUGGGACUUGAAUCGAUGCUGGCCACCCAGGAAAGUGUCCGGUGGCUCAGGCAGAGGCCACGUGUGGUGCUGGCCACCCUCCCAGGUUGCCUGCCCUGGCCAGGGGUCUGACCUUGUGGGCAUUGUGGGCUGAGGCCUCCUGACCCCAUCUGAGCGUGCCCUCUGCCCGCAGGGCCCCGAGCCACACUGCCCAUCAUGGAUCCGGAUCCCCAGGCAGGCGUGCAGGUGGGCAUGCGUGUGGUACGCGGCGUGGACUGGAAGUGGGGCCAGCAGGACGGCGGCGAGGGCGGCGUGGGCACGGUGGUGGAGCUCGGCCGGCACGGCAGCCCUUCGACACCUGACCGCACCGUGGUGGUGCAGUGGGACCAGGGCACUCGCACCAACUACCGGGCAGGUUACCAGGGCGCCCAUGACCUGCUGCUCUAUGACAACGCCCAGAUCGGCGUCCGCCACGCCAACAUCAUCUGUGACUGCUGCAAGAAGCACGGGCUGCGUGGCAUGCGCUGGAAGUGCCGGGUCUGCUUCGACUACGACCUCUGCACACAGUGCUACAUGCACGACAAGCACGACCUCAGCCACGCCUUCGAGCGCUACGAGACUGCCCACUCGCGCCCUGUCACGCUGAGCCCCCGCCAGGGCCUCCUGCGAGUCCCUCUGAGAGGCAUCUUCCAGGGCGCCAAGGUGGUGCGCGGCCCUGACUGGGAGUGGGGCUCCCAGGACGGAGGCGAAGGGAAGCCCGGCCGCGUGGUGGACAUCCGGGGCUGGGACGUGGAGACUGGCCGCAGCGUCGCCAGCGUGACGUGGGCUGACGGCACGACCAACGUGUACCGCGUGGGCCAUAAGGGCAAGGUGGACCUGAGGUGUGUGGGCGAGGCGGCCGGCGGCUUCUACUACAAGGAGCACCUCCCGAGGCUUGGGCGGCCCGCCGAGCUGCAGCGCAGGGUCAGUGCCGACGGGCGGCCCUUCCAGCACAGCGACAAGGUCCAGUGCCUGCUGGACACGGACGUCCUGAGGGAAAUGCAGGCAGGCCACGGAGGCUGGAACCCCAGGAUGGCGGAGUGCAUCGGACAGACGGGCACUGCACACCGCAUCACCCACCGUGGGGACGUGCGUGUGCAGUUCAGCCCUGACACCCCCUGGACCUUCCACCCCGGGGCGCUGACCAAGCACAACGCCUUCUGGGUGGGUGACGUGGUGCGUGUGCUCGAUGACCUGGACACGGUGAAGCAGCUGCAGGCCGGGCAUGGCGAGUGGACAGACGACAUGGGCCCCGCCCUGGGCCGCGUCGGGAAAGUGGUGAAGGUGUUUGGAGACGGGAAGCUGCGCGUGGCCGUGGGUGGUCAGCGGUGGACCUUCAGCCCGUCCUGCCUGGUGGCCUGCCGCCCUGCCGAGGACGCCAGUCUGGCUGCAGCCGAACCUGCACGGGAGAACAAAAGCUCCCUGAGCUUGGCCCUAGAGAAGCUGCGGGCCCAGAAGGGCGACCUGGAGCACCCGGGCAGGCUGGUGGCUGAGGUGGCCCUGGGCAACAUGGCUCGGGCACUGGAGCUCCUGCGGAGACACCCGGAGCAGGUGGACGCCAAGAACCAGGGCCGGACAGCACUGCAGGUGGCUUCCUACCUGGGCCAGGGGGAGCUGGUGCGGCUGCUGCUCCAGGGCAGGGCCAGCGUGGACUUACCCGACGAUGAAGGCAGUACAGCGCUGCACUACGCAGCCUUGGGGAACCAGCCGGAUGUGGCCCGGCUGCUCCUGAGUGCUGGCUGCGGGCCGAACGUGCUCAACCGCAGCCGGAGCUCGGCACUGCACGUGGCCAUCAGGAGGGGCUUCCUGGAGGUGGUGAGAGUCCUGUGCGAGCGCGGCUGUGACGUCAACCUGCCUGACGGGCGUGCGGACACACCCCUGCACGUGGCCAUCUCCGCGGGCACCAUUGCCAACAGCAUUGUCGAGGUCCUCACCGAAGUGCCAAGCAUUGAUGUCACCGCCAAGAACAGCCAGGGCUUCACGCUGCUGCACCACGCGUCACUGAAGGGCCACUCCCUAGCCGUGCGGAGGAUCCUGGCCCGCGCCCGUCAACUGGUGGACGCCAGGAAGGAGGACGGCUGCACGGCGCUGCACCUGGCCACGCUCAACAACCACCGCGACGUGGCCCAGAUCCUCAUCUGUGAGGGCCGCUGUGACGUGAACGUGCGCAACGGGAGGCUGCAGUCCGCGCUGCACCUGGCCGUGCAGCAGGCGCACGUGGGGCUGGUGCCGCUGCUGGUGGACGCGGGCUGCAGCGUCAACGCCGAGGACGAGGAGGGCGACACGGCCCUGCACGUGGCCCUGCAGCGCCAUCAGCGGCAGCCCCUGGCGGCGGCCGGGGGAGACCCUGCGCCCUCGCAGCUGCUGUCCAGGCUGCAGGCCUCGGGCCUCCCGGGCAUCGAGGAGCUGACGGUGGGUGCGGCCCUCGCCUGCUUCCUGGCGCUGGAGGGCGCGGACGUGAGCUACGCCAACCACCGCGGCCGCAGCCCGCUGGACCUGGCCGCCGAGGGCCGCGUGUACAAGGCCCUGCAGGGCUGUGCCCAGCGCUGCCGGGAGCGCCAGGCGGGCGGGGGCGCAGCACCGGGCCCCCCCAGCACCGUGACGAACCUGCACGCGGCCACCGCCGCGGGGCCCGAGGCCGCCGAGUGCCUGGUGUGCUCUGAGCUGGCGCUGCUGGUGCUUUUCACGCCGUGCCAGCACCGCACGGUGUGCGAGGAGUGUGCGCGCAGGAUGAAGAAGUGCAUCCGGUGCCAGGCGCUCAUCGGCAAGAAGCUGCGUGCAGACGGCUCGGAGGUGGCGGGCCCCGCGCCCACGCCCGGCGCGCCGCGGCAGCUGGUGGAGGAGCUGCAGAGCCGCUACCGGCAGAUGGAGGAGCGCAUCACGUGCCCCAUCUGCAUCGACAGCCACAUCCGCCUCGUGUUCCAGUGCGGCCAUGGCGCGUGCGCGCCCUGCGGGGCCGCGCUCAGCGCCUGCCCCAUCUGCCGCCAGCCGGUCCGCGACCGCAUCCAGAUCUUCGUGUAGCCGCGCCGGCCCCGCACCCGCCCGCCCGCCCGCCCUGU